UAUCGAUAUGUAAUCAUGUUUGGCUCGGCAAUACGUAACAUUAUUAUAAAAAAUGCACAAAAUGCAGCGAAAUUCAAAGCAAUUGGCGCUCAAUGCCGGCAUUUACGGAGCAACCGAAGUACACAAAGUGAGGCGGAUACACUCAAACCCAUAGACUUGACCACAAAACCGAAUGACAAGGAGCUGGAGCCCACGCCUCAAGAUUCCAGUGCAGUCGCCUUGGAUUUUGGGAACCGGGAGGCCCACGUGCCUUCCUUUAAUCUGGCCGCCUAUGUCAACAACUCGAGCACACUGCAGCACCUGGUUAGCCUGGGCGUGGAUCUGCACAGCAUAGAAAGGCGCAAGGGUCUGGGCGAGUUUGUGCUUCGCUUGGACUUUGAGAAGAAUAUCAAACCGUGUUUGUCCUUUCUCGCGGACCAGGGCAUUGCACCCGAUGACUUUGGAAGGAUGAUCACAAAGAACCCGCUGCUGUUCAAGGAGGAUAUAGAUGACUUGCAGACGCGCGUAGAGUACCUGAAAAGCAAAAGAUUCUCGGACGAGGCCAUACAGCGCAUCUUCACCCAGAAUCCGUUUUGGCUGAUGUUCUCCACGAAGCGCGUGAACCGCCGCCUCGGCUACUUCCAAAAGGAGUUUCACUUGAGUGGGCACGACCUGCGACUGAUGGCCACCAAAGAGCCUAAUUUGAUCACCUAUAAAAUGGAGCACCUGCGUAAAUCUGUGUUUACCCUCCGAGAGGAAAUGGGUUUCAAUGCCAAAGAGCUGCAAUCUCUGAUUGUACGCAAGCCCCGUCUGAUGAUGAUUCCCCCCGAUGAUCUGGUGGAGCGAUUCAGCUAUAUUCACAAGGGUAUGGGCCUGCCGCAUUCCCAGAUAGUGCAGUGCGCCGAGCUGCUGGCCUCGCGCGAAUUUCGGCUACGCGAACGUCAUGAGUUCCUUAAACUGCUGGGCCGUGCACAGUACGAUCCGCAGAAGGACUUGUACAUCUCGCCCAGGACCAUAGUGCAGGGAAACAAUUUUUAUUUUGUUCGAAAUGUGGCAAAAAGUGAUUUGGAAACAUUCGAUUUGUUUUUAAAAACGCGUUAACAAUAAAAACGCCGAGUGCAACCUGGUCAUAUCUCAUCGAUAUAUCGGCUUAUUUCGCCCCAGCCUGGUCACACCAGCAAAAACAUUGUACUACGCAUUAAGCUUGGCGGGUGCGUAGAAUAUAUUUUGUGUUUCAUUUAGUCAAAAAAGAGAGCGCUUCGGUUAAGCAUUGGACAAAGUUGCAAUAUACUAAAGUGCAAGUUGUUAGCUUGGCUAUAACGAAAAACAAUAACAUCGAUCAAUCAGUGCACAGGCGGAGAACCAGCGCCAAACAGAAAGUAAAACGCAUUUUCUCACGCAUACAUUAAC